AUGGUAAAGCAGCUUAAAAAGUUAUUAAUUACCCUUUUGGUAUCCUGCUUUCUACUAUUUAUUUUUACCAACGUUGUUGAGACUCGAAAAUCACAUCUCAAAGGUCACUACAGAACUUUGCCUAACCGUAAAAAUCAUAUAGCCUUGAGACCCAGAACUAAUGGCACGCAUCACCAACUUCAAUUAGGUGAUAUUACGGAUAAGUUUUACAGUCACUGCAAUGACACUUUCAGAGAGAAGAAUCUGGUUACUUACGUGGUUCAUGACAUGAUCGCCGGAAUUCUAGACCGACUUAAUGAGAUGUGCUUAAAUCAACCCAUCCACCCACUUAUCCAUCGAAUGUUCACCGAAACUCUGCUGUGUGGUGGAAGUCUUUCGGAAGCCAUUGACGUCAUAAUUGACAUUAUAUUUGGGCAAAGUGAAAGAAAGUGCAGGGAUAGGCAUGGAUUCGAAGGCCUUUAUGUUUUAACCAGUGCCGAGAACGAAGUCGUGGAAGUAAAACAUUUACGUUAAACCAGAAUAUCGAUUGAGAGAAUAAAUAAUAUUGCAUGAAAUGAA